AUGUCGUCUCCGCCCGCUUUUAUCCCCUCCUCGCCGGGCGCCUCUUCCAAACCAUCCGCCUACACAUACCGCCACCUCCAGCAGCUCCGUCAAAACUCCGCGACGAGUCCAUUGAGAGUAGUAGCGCACAUCGACCUCGAUGCCUUUUACGCGCAAUGCGAGAUGGUCCGGCUGGGGACACCGCGCGACACGCCCUUGGCCGUUCAGCAGUGGGGUUCGCUCAUUGCCAUCAACUACGCCGCGCGGCCGUUUGAGAUUACUCGUAUGCUGCCGGCAGUCGAAGCGAAGAAAAAGUGUCCCGACUUGGUCCUCCAGCAUGUCGCGACGUUCCGAGAAGGCGAGGGUGGGAAAUGGGCAUACCGGGAAGACGCCGCCAGCAGCAUCCAGACGGACAAAGUGUCGCUAGACCCGUAUCGAGCAGAAUCGCGCAAGAUCUUGAGUACAAUAAAAGAAGAGCUCUCUAGAUGGAGGGACGAGCUUGUUCGUAGCCAGGCAGAUGGUGCAUUUACUGACUUGCUGGCUGCACGGAUGGAAAAGGCUUCUGUCGACGAAGUCUUCAUUGACUUGUCAUCGCUAGUCUAUGCUACACUGUGGCAGCGCUAUCCGGAGUUGCAAAAGCCUCCUGCAACUGACAAUAGGAUUACUCCUUUACCUGCUCCCCCAACAACGGCAUUGGCCUGGUCCCCGGAUGACGGCCUGGUUGACCUCGACGAGAACGAUGCAGAAGAAGACGACCCAGAUUGGGACGAUAUCGGCAUGCAGAUUGGUGCCGAGAUUGUACGCUCGGUGCGCGCUGCAGUUUGGGAGAAACUGACUUAUACGUGUUCCGCAGGGAUCGCGCGGAACAAGAUGAUGGCGAAGCUGGGAAGCGCAUGCAACAAACCCGAUAAGCAAACCAUUGUCCGAAACCGCGCUAUUCAAAAGUUCCUCGGAGGCUUCAAGUUUACAAAAAUCCGCAUGCUCGGAGGGAAACUGGGCGAUCAAAUCAGUGCCGAGUUUGGAACUGAACAGGUCAAUGAUCUUUUGAAAGUGACGGCCGAUCAGUUCAAAGCUAAGCUAGACGACGACACUGCCGUCUGGCUGUAUAAUAUUAUUCGUGGGGUUGAUGCUAGCGAAGUCAACACGCGCGUGCAGAUCAAGUCGAUGCUCUCCGCCAAAUCCUUCCGUCCUUAUAUCAACACGAUGGACCAAGCUGAGAAGUGGUUGCGCAUCUUUGCAGCAGAUCUCUAUAACCGGCUGAUCGAGGACGGUCUUCUUGAAAAAAGGCGUCGACCAAAAACAAUUACUCUGCAUCAUCGAACGGGUGCUCAGGUCCACUCAAAACAAUUGCCCAUUCCGGGUGGGAAGAUGAUCGAGGAGGACAUCCUCUUUGAUCUAUCCCGAGAUUUGCUGAGACAGGUCAAUGCCGAGGGACGAGCCUGGCCAGUUUCAAACCUGUCUUUGAGUGUCGGCGGGUUUGAGGACGGCCCAACCAACAACAAGGCCAUUGAUAGCUUUUUUGCGCCAGGCCGAAUAAGUAGUCCCGUUGUCGACACGCCGGCGGCCAAGGUUGGAAAUUCAAUCGAAUCAGUCGAUGGAGGAAAUCCGGCGAAAAAGAGAAAAACUGCGACGAGCGGGAUUGGGCGGUUUUUCAAACAGAUGGACAGCGAAGUUGAAAGCGACGAUGCCACGCCUCCAGCAACACACCUUGAAGAACAUCUUGAAACUUGUCAAGCUACUGAAAUGCCUUUUAUUACUACCGAAGUAGGCCAAGAAAGCGCAGAGCCCUUUGGAGUCUACGUGUGUCCCCGCUGCAAUCAGCGAGUUGACGAGUACCAGCGCGACGAACAUGAAGACUGGCAUUUUGCCAAGGAUCUCGAGGCGCAAGAGGUCCAAGCAGACCGGACCUCGCAAGACAUUGUACAGCAGUUGUCCAGAAGACCAGCAGCAGCUCCAGACCGCAAGAAGGCUCGGCCUCGGGAGACGAAAGCAGAAAAGGGGCAGAAAAGGCUGUUUUUUGGAUAG